GCUCAGUCCUGUUUUAGACAUCGCUCUGUUUGGUGGCUGUAUUGUAAUACGACCGUGUGUAGUAAACUGCGUGGCGUUUUCUGUAAAGGGGGGGUGUGUAGUAGAGAAUUAUCCUUAAGUCUAUCGAGUAUCGGCGGCUUGACAUCGUCAAAGCAAAAGCUCUGCUAUUAUUGAUCAGUGUGAUUUAUAACAGUGGGUAAUAUCAUAUCCAACAGUUCAUUAAAAAAAAUACAGGUGGCAAACUUGAAGUGUCAGUCGACCCUAGGAUCCAGUGUGUACGUGCAUUAUUUGGUGAUAAAUUUUCUCUCGAUUGUUGUAAGACACAUUUUUGCUCGACAAAAUGUUGAUUGGAUUAGUACGAGACUCCGUGAUGCAGUGCUUCUGCCACACGUGUCGAGCCCCUGUGCUGCCGGCAGUCAAUCGACGAUCUGCUCCAACAAAAAAGCCGACCAAAACUCGCACCAAACAGCCAAAAGCGUCCAAAAAAGUAAAGUUCAUAACUACUGAAAUCCGUUGCCAGGAAAAAUCGAAAGGUGGCCUGUGCUACGAGGUAAUUCUUGCGGAACCGGCCGUAAACGUGGCACUUCCAAAACUGCCACCAACGCAGGGAAAAAAUGUUUCCGCUGAGGAAAUUGAGGAGAAGCUAAAGGCUGCAGAGGAGCGCAGACUGUCGCUGGAGGCAAAAAAGAUGGCUGACUGGUCGGCAAAGAUGGCCAAAAUCGAGGAGGCAUCUCGCAAAAAGGAUGAGCUGGACAAGGAAUUCAAAACACACGCCAAAGAGGUGCUGCAUACCAAAAUGGAACAGUACGAGGAAAAGCGGGUACAGCAACUAUCAGAAAUUAAGGAAAAACUAAAGACUCACGCAGCCGAUAUCGAGAAAACGCGACAGAGCUUGGAGCAACAGAAGGUCGAGGAGUUGCAGAAGCAUCUCGAGGAUAAGCUACGAAAUGCUGCCACACUGCGUGACGAUAACAUCAAGAAAAUUUUGGAUCGACUAAAGGAACACAACACUGAUAAGUUGAACGAAGUCCGCGCAACCAUCGACCAGAUCGAAGCACUAAAAACCACCGAAAAGACGCGUAUCAUCGAAAACAAGCUGUCCACUGCCGAGCAAAACCGCGAAAAGGAGCUCCAGAAGAAAUUGGAAAACAUUCGCAAGCACGAAAGACGUGCGGAAUUGGUCCGUCAAAAUAAGGCGGCUCUCGCUCAAAAGACCGAUGUCACGGCUUCGUCCGGUUAAAUUAUGGAGUGAACUAAACAAGCGAAAAAAAAACUCCAAGACCUAAACGGACAAGGAUACGAAGUUUUGCAUGAAUUGUGUGUGUGUAAAGGAGGAGUGCAAGAAGAAAUAGCAUGUCAUAAAAUGUCUUACCCUA